UGUAUACGUCAUGACGCUGGGAUUGUGUUGACGUGGCGUAGAUAGCUAGUUAGCUAAACAAACGCACAGUCGGCUCUUUGAUUAGCGAGAAGAAUGGCUUAGCUAAAACCGGCGGAUUCAUCUGACUGUAUCAGGGAAAAAAUGACUGGAAAAAACCAAUACAAUGGCUUCCAGUCAGCUACGACGAUGCAGCCUGCAACUGGGGGUCACACUUAUAUCUUCGGAAACAAUUCUGAGACAGAGUGCUCUGAGGAGGAUAGCGAGAGCUACGAGCUCCGCUCCAGAGGCAGGGAGAGGCUCCGGCGCAGUACCUCCAGAGAGCGAAAGGAUGACGUUGUCUACGUGAUGCGGGAUGUUAUGGAGGGAGACACGUUGAUUAGCAUUUCACUUCAGUAUUUCUGCUCUGUUGCUGAUCUAAAGAGGGCCAACAAUCUCCUGACAGAGCAGGACUUCUUCGCCUUGAGGUCCAUCAAAAUCCCUGUGAAGAAGUUUAGCUUGUUCACGGAAACACACAGCACGGCCCCCCACAAAACAAACUCGCCUAGCGGCGUUCGCAGAGUCCUGGAGAUCCCGCCGAGUGCAGGUGACACGGACUCCGCUCCCUCUUCUUCCUCCUCAACUGACAGCGUGGAGUGCUUCCUGCAGGAGAAGGACAAGGACAUUGAGCUUCUGGUCAAAUACUCCAACCCGUCCAGAAGCAGUCUGAGCGAGGUGGUGUCCUCGCUGAACUCCCAGCAGCCUGUUCAGGGAGAAGCAGAGCGCAGGUCAACAGCGAGGAAGGACCCAUACUACGGUGCGGACUGGGGUAUGAGGUGGUGGACUGCGGUAGCCAUUAUGCUCGUGGUAGGCAUCGUCACACCGGUGUUCUACCUGCUGUACUACGAGGUGCUGAUGAAAGCGGACGUUAGCCACCACACUACUACGGAGUCCAUCAGGUCUGAGCCUACACUCUCAAACCUUGGUGGUGCGCCUGGUCUGCCAGCAGCUAAGGCUGUUCCUCACCAAGAUUCCCUCAUACAUCCAGCUGUUGAACAUCCAGCAUCUGUUCUGGGACAGGAACAGAAGACAUAGAGAGGGAUGACAUGGACCGGUGUAUUAGUUUGGGGAUUUUUCUACAGACUUGCAAACAAAACCACUUUUCUAGUGAUAAAUGUUUGACCUUAAAAGGAUGUUUGAUAUUUUUGAACCACUUCACUAUGGACGAUGUAUUGAUUUCGUGAACAAGUGCUUGAUGUGCGCUACUUGCAGAUAUAAAAGCAAAAAUGACUUGUGUAAGCCUCUGGAGAUUAAAAGUGUAUCCUCAGUGAAAUAUAUGGAGGCGCAGUAAAGCCAUCUUGGUACUGGCAUAUUAUUUUAACAUUACAAUAAGUUUUGUGUUCAGAUUCAACUGAUAUGGUGCGUUAAUCAGUUAUGGUACAGCUGACUGGUUUAAUUGGUCUAGAUAUUUCUCAUCACCAUCAAUUCUUAAAAGUAAAAUAAAUAAAUCAGUUAUAAGAUUGAAUAAGCUGUAGAUAUUAAUUAUUGGUUUAAGUGCACCCUUUUCGUAUGAGGGCUGUCCUGUUGUGAAUCGCCUGCGUGUUUGGUUCAAAUCUAUUGAAUUUCUUUUGAAAUAUAAUAAAUACCUGUUCUGUGAUACAAGUCUCAAGCUGCCAUGCCAUAACUGCACUUAAUUGGGCAUUAAUAGUGCCAUUGGAACUGCUUUGGCACGAAGUGUGAAUUGACUCUGGCCUUUAGGCAAUUUCCGUCAUGCGUUUUGCACAGUUUUUACCCCGUGUUCGACAAAACCACAUUAAACAUUUUCCUCAGCGUCGAGCACAAAUGUGUAUUCGGAAUGUCACAGGGACGACUGCCGUCUCUUUUGUCAGGGAUGUGUACACACGCUAAUUUAUUCUAGGAAAAAUGGUCAUAAUUGCAAAAACAGUAUUGACGCUAAUGUUGCCUACUUUCUUUUUAACUUUGUUUGAAAGGUCUGUUUGCCAACUACGACGCUGAAAUCUUUAACUUUUGACAAAGUGAUGUGAACUGUUUAAUACUUGUGGAAAUUUAAGUUGUAAUCUUUCAACCCACGACAAGUAUUGUUAAAUGAUGAAUUCGAGCAGUACGUGCCUUCGACCUGUAGAAUGUAGUUGCAGGUUGAAAAUAAACGAAUUUAUAUUUUA